AACAAAAUUUAGAAAAUGAUUAGAGGACUCUUGUUAGUUUUGUUCUUUUUUAUCACUGUGAAGACUUCAGUUUCUCGUCCAUUCGCAUGGUCGAGAGGUGACGACAUGCAAUCAGGCCAAAACUACCAAGGCCAAAGUGGGUCGGGUCGUGGGCCCAAUUGGGAGUACAACUGGGGUUGGGGCUCUGCACCAGGAUCCGGAUGGGGGUACGGGGCGGGUUCGGGUAGAUCACCGACCGGGUGGGGAAGAGGAUCCGGAUACGGGUUUGGAUCCGGAUCCGGUUCAGGUAGCGGAUAUGGAUAUGGCUCUGGAGGUGGCGGAGCACGUGGUGGUGGGUACGGUUACGGUAGCGGAAAUGGUCGGUCCGGUGGAGGUGGUGGCGGUGGUGGUUACGACGGUGCAGCUGCCACAUUGAGCCACGGUAGUAAGUCUCAUCCAUGAUGAACAUGUAAGUUCUCCCAAUUUAAAAAGUUUUGGGAGUGGUAUAAGUGUUUGUAAUAUCAAGGUUAUUAGGUUUGGUACCCUUUUAAAAUGUAACUUCCUUUCUCUUGUAUGCUUCAUAUAUGGAUUAUAAUGUGCUCAACGUAUCUUAUAAUUUACAAGUA